AUGGCCACGCCCAAAGCACCCGCCGACCACUUCACCCUCCUCUACUUCGCAGCCGCUACCUCCUUCACCCGCAAGCAGCACGACUUCCUGCCUGCUCCUAUGCCGUUGAGUCAGCUUUAUGAUACAGUCGAAGCAAAGUAUCCCGGCAUUAAGGCGAAGGUACUUGAGUCUAGCGCGCUGACAGUGAAUCUGGAGUACGUGGAUGCAGAGGAGGAGGGCGCCAAGGGCGGUCAGGGUACGGUGAUACAAUCUGGUGACGAAGUUGCCAUAAUCCCGCCAGUUAGCUCCGGGUGA